UCAAGCCUUCAUUCUCCUCCUUCCAUCUCCUCUUCAUCCAAUCUUCAUAAUCAGAAUUCAGACAUCCAAUCAAGAGAAGAAGAAAAAAAAGACAGACAACAAUGGUGAACCAAGGAAAGAAAUCAACCGAAUCAGCGCCACCACCACCAAAGAGGGCUGCUCCAGGAGCACAACAAUCAACACCACCACCACCAAAGAUGGCUGCUCCAGGAGCACAACAAUCAACAACAGAAGUUCUCCACCAGACAAAAAAGUUGCCCGCAGGCAGUCCUGUCAAAAAAGCCAUUAUCGGUUUGGCUUUCGUCACUACAAUCGGUUACUUCGCCUUGUGUGCCAAUAAAAAACCCGAGGCCUCUGCCCUAGACGUCGCUAAAGUCAUCUCUGGAACUGCAACCCCCAAGAAUACUCACCCUCCAAAGUAGUUCUAAACAUAUUCAAAAUUCAUUUCCUUUUACUUAUUUAAAU